AUGGUUAAAGCUGUUGCUGUCUUAAGAGGUGAUGCCGGUGUUUCUGGUACUGUUCAAUUCGAACAAGCUACUGAAAAUGAUGCUACCACAAUCACUUAUGAAAUCUCUGGUAAUGCUGCAGAUGCUGAACGUGGAUUCCAUAUCCAUGAAUUUGGUGAUAACACUAAUGGUUGUACUUCAGCUGGUCCACAUUUUAAUCCAUUCCAAAAAACUCAUGGUGCUCCAUCUGAUGAAACUAGACAUGUUGGUGAUUUAGGUAACAUUAAAACUGAUGCUAAAGGUGUUGCUAAAGGUUCAAUCACUGAUAACUUGGUUAAAUUAUUAGGUCCAAACUCAAUCUUGGGUAGAACUGUUGUUGUUCAUGAUGGUACUGAUGAUUUAGGUAAAGGUGGUCAUGCUGAUUCUUUAAAAACUGGUAACGCUGGUGGUAGACCUGCUUGUGGUGUUAUUGGUUUUGCUAAUUAA